AUGCUAUCAUCUCUUCCAGCCUCUACUGUAGUUUCAAUCGACUUCGGCACCACGUAUUCAGGUAUAGCUUAUAGCUUCGUGGGAAGUCAUGGGUCCGUCAUCAACAUAGGAGCCCCGGGGGAAACGCAUAGCUCCAAAACGGUGACCUCUGUCGUUACUGAUAGCGGCGGUAAAUUAGUAUCUUUCGGCAGGGUGGCCGAAGAUGAGUACUUUCGAAACAAGAAUGGAGCUCAUUACUUGUUCAAAGAGUUCAAGAUGGCGCUUUUCGAAGCUAAAGUAGGAAUUGUGCCAGAAGUCACGUCCAUAGAUGGGCGGCUGCGUCUACCUGUUACUACUGUGAUUGCUGCUUCCCUGGAGGCACUGAAAAAUUACGCACUCAAAAAAAUAAUGAAAGAGAGCACCCUCCUAAUCCGCGCAAUAGAUAUACAGUGGGUCGUUACAAUCCCAGCUAUCUGGACAGCGACAGCGAAACAUGUUAUGCGGGCGACUGCGAAGACUGCAGGACUUAUUGAGGACAUCUCUUCCGACCGAUUGAUUUUCGCGUUAGAACCGGAGGCAGCAACGCUAUCCGAGGUUGACACUUCAACCCCGCAUGGGUUGAAAGCGAACGACAAACUGGUGGUUUUAGAUUGUGGUGGUGGCACCAUCGACACUACGUGCUACUUGAUACAGACAAUCAGCCCCACACUAGAAGUAUCUGAACUCGUCGCACCUUCUGGAUGCCCGUAUGGAGGAGCUUGUAUAGACGCACGCAUAGUCGAUUUUAUCAAAGAAUUGAUUGGCGCAGCGCGAUACAAACACUUUGCCCAGUGCAACCCUGCAGCCAAUCAUGAUUUGUUGUCCUUAAUCAGCAGCAUGAAAGAAUCAUAUCAAAUGGGAUCCACCGCACAGAUCAACGUCACACCUUUAUUCGAAGACAAAGACCUGGCAAGCAUAUCAAUCAAAGAAUUAGCUGCAUCGUAUACAUCGAAACACCCAACCACCUCCGUCACAGCAGUUGGGCAUUCGCGCCUUAGACUUUCCAAGGAACUCAUGUGCGCUCUCUACGAACCAGUGAUAAAGAACAUUACAAGCCACAUGAACCAGCUGCUCCGUGUGCCAGAGUUAGCGGGUGCAUCUAAAGUUCUACUGGUCGGCGGCUUUUCGUUGUUUACGCCGCUGCGCGCCGCCGUGAAGGAUCAGAUAAACUCUUCCCUACAGUUGAUUGUACCCAAAAGACCUCGCGAGGCGGUGGUGCGCGGCGCCGUGCUGUUCGGUCUAAAUCCAAAGGCGAAUAUCAAGACGCGGGUCAGUGCAUACACGUACGGACUGGAGCACUCGGAAUUCGACGACCUAGCAAAGCACGACAAGAGUAGGCACGUAUACGACCCGUCGCUCGGACAGUACGUCGUGGAUGAGGUUUUCCACGAAUAUGUGAAGCAAGGCCAGAAGAUCCCGGUGGACCAUCAAAUCACGGAAACGUACUACCCCGUACACAAGGGCCAGCGGACCAUCAAAUCGGAGAUUUUCUCCGGACAGUGCACCACCCCUCCAUUGUACAUUGAUGAUCCUGCAUUGACUAAAUUGGGCGUGUUUAGCGUGCCAUGCGAUCCUUCGCUCAACCCCGAUGACAAUGAAUGCACCGUAACGUUUCAAUUCGGUCUGACAGAAAUCGUCAUUAAGGCGCGCAAUGUUAGAACGGGGCAGGAAGUCAACUUGGCCAUCGACAACGAGUGA